UGCCAAGCGAAAUGAUGGCUUCAUGUGCUGCUGCUGUUUUUCUUGCAGACUCCCAUCAUCUUAUAUACUCGCCAUAAGAAGUUUCAUUUUCUCAUAGCCAAUCUUCCAAUUUCUUAAUUGAACACCCACGUCUUCAAAAUAUACAGUAACAGCCAUGUCCUCCCCAUCAGAGUUCCUCACCUUCUACCGCCGUGCGACUAUGUCGACACCGCGGAUGCUGCGCUCCGUUCAACGACCUGCCACCCGCAGCUUUGCCAUUUCAGCAGCACGCCGCAAAGGUGGAGUCGAUGCCGACCGGAAGGCCAAGACGGACAAGCGUGAGGAUACCGAGCACAGCGUGAACAAAGCACACAGCGCGAAGGGCGAUACGUACGAUGUUCAGUCUAGCAAUGCGAAGGAUGGUAUGGAUAGUGCGAAUACCAGCGGCUCGGGCAGCAGCGGAGGUACCGCGACGGAGCGCAAGGAUACGACGGGAAGCCAGGCAAAGGCGAGAAAUGAUUUCCCCGAGGCACCGGAUCUUAUUGGGAUGCAAGAUGAGAGGGGUGGGCGGGGUGCUUAGAUGCGAUGAUGGUUGGUGAAGACAGGACAUUGGAUUUAUUGCAUGCAUGGGCGCGUUGAAGACUUUGUACGAUUAUCGAAUGAGAAGGACUAUUUUGGAUGUCUCGAGUUGCGCUGG